AUGCUUUUCAGCUUCUCUUUUCGAUUCAGACGGAAAUUGUCGUUUCAGCAUUUAACAAUCGUUUCAGGUUGCAAGGAAUCGCUUCUCAAAAUUGCUUCAGGUUGCAAUCGCUUCUCAAAAUCAUUUCAGAUUCAUAAGGAUAAAGAGAGUCGGAAUAUUUUGAACUUGGUGUUUAGUAAUUUAAGGUCCUGCUUUGUUCUAACGGAUCGAAGUUGGAUUUGCGAUAGAGUAAAUUCCAAUAGAUAUGGUUUAAAAGAUGAAUUUGUUAGUGGAGUUGAAGAUUUUGUCAAUAAAGCCAUGAACCGACCAGAUUUUUUAAAUGAUGGAGGGAUAAGGUGUCCUUGUGAAAAAUGCGUUUGCAUUCCCUUGAAGACUCCUAGUGAGGUUAGACAUCACUUGUACAAAAAUGUUUUUUUGCCCAACUAUUAUACAUGGACUGAUCAUGGAGAAGAUACUCAGAAUGUAGACUUUGAUGGUCAUUCUAGUAGUGGCAGAAAUUAUGGUGGGGAUAAUCAGGGUGAUGAAGAACAAUUGGAUGCAAUGAAUGAAAUGGUAUAUGAUGCUAGGAGGCAAUUUGUUAAUGUUCCCGAUGGGAAUGUUAAUAUGGAAAACGAAACAGUUAGUGAGGGCGAGCAAUCAUUGGUGGUCCUGUACAAUAUCGUUGGACGUAUCCAUUUUAAAGAUUGA